UCCUGAUGCUUUUCCCUUUACAGACUUGUGUGUUGUCUUGAAUGAACAAAAAAGGAAAUGCAAUACUGUGGCUGUUAUGUCUGUGCUCUGACAGAUCUUAAAACAUAUUUUCUCCCUGGCUUCAGCAACAUGCAUACCCCAGGAAUUCUUUCCUUUCAGCAGUUAGCCUGUUCUGUGUUCAAGAGCAGAAGUAAGCAAGUAGAAUUAGUUGAUUCCUGCAGUAAAUUUUUAAGUCUGGUAAGGCCAGUGUGUGCACUUUUCGUUAGUGCCGUUUCUCUGUUGUAGCUGACUAAAACAGUAAUUGGAUACACAUCUGCUCUUAGCUGUUGUUACUCUGAAGUAUUUCCUGUGACUGAAUACAUGGUAACAUCUGUUACAGAAAGGUAGGUGGCGGAACUUUAAUUUAACACACUGUAACAUAUCUUGUGAGUUUAAUUGAACAGCAUGUCUGAAAUACUGAAAUAUCUUUGCAUUCAGCAAGUAGUAAUCACCUGUGGUCUAGAUGUUUUCCAGGACAUCUUUUUCUCCCCUACUUGUUCUGAUUGACUUUAUCAGAAAGGUUCUCUCAAGACUUCGACAGAUCAUUGUGUGAGGAACACUAUGCAAAUGUAGCAUUUUCCAAAAUGAAAAUGCAUUUUCCAAAAAUAUGUCUCAUAAGCUCACUUUUUAAUAAUAUAGUACUUGUGAACUGCCACCCUUAAUGAAUAUAGUUUAGCAAUACUAAACACUCCCUCCCCUUUUUAUUUCUCAGAAAGUACUUUUGUUCAGCUUUUUUUACUCUUGAUUGCUAAUUUUUAGCUUUUGUGAAUUCAGCUUCGUUUGAUUCAGGAAAGAAGAUUCCAACAAUUCUUGAUGAUUUUUCCAUCCUAUUUGUAGUAUUACUAAGUAGAAAAGGAAAGUGAAUUUAGUGAAAUUUUCUUUGCAGGACCCAUUUGGAACACUUAAAUGUCAUGAUUAACUACAUCUGACUAAUAAUAUACAAUUAGUUGUUUUGAAGCAUUUUUUUCUUGUUUUGUUUGACUGGGAUUUGGUGCUUAGACUUGAGCUGAUGUUUUCCCUUGCCCCCUUUCCUGUCGUCUGGCGUGUUCUAACUACAAAAGUUUAAAGAAAUUGAAAGACUGUGACUGGUUUGUAUACUGCUGACUGUUUUACUAAUCAAUAUUUAAUAUGGUUUUCAUAGGAUAUGUAACAUGACACUGAUAUUCUGGACAGGUAAUUUUCAUUGUUUGAAAACCUUACAUAAUAAGGGGAAUCAGGUAACUGCUAGAAAUGAGCACCUUAUUUUUUUUUAGCAUCAUAUUGCCAAGGAUCUGUUUUGUGAAAUCUGCUCUUGAAAAACCUAUAGCUUUUCACUGUUACAAUUAGAGUCAAAAUAGUUCUGAAAUUGUCAAAGUGAACUUAACAUUUAAAGGGACACUGUCACUUUUUUUAAACUUAAUUUACAUCCUGGCCCUAAAACCCCUUUAUUAUUGCUCCCUUACCUAAAGUUUGUAAGGCUAUUUGGUGGAAUUCAGGACAAUAUUAAAGGUAGUGAAGCUGGUCCCCUUGGUGUCUCCUUCCCAUCCUCUGUAUGCACAUGCUUGUGGCCUCUUUGGUUUCAGCUUUGCUGUGGCUGUGUGCACCCUCCUGCCGAGCCCGGGAACAGCGUGCAUGCUUGCUUUCUCCAGAACGGUGCAUGAGGGAUGUGUCGGGCUGGUGCAUGAGGAGAGGGCAGUCCCUGGCAGUGACACUGGCUGCAGGUGAAGUGCUGCUACCAAACAGAGACAGUGAUGGAGUUUAUCAUAGGAGCCUCUGUGAAGCUGUUUUUUUGAAGUAAUGCCAAUAGAAAGUGGAAGUUGUGCAUCUGCUCGCCAAGCAAAGCAAAAACGUAAAUCACACAGUCUUUCCAUCCGGAGAACCAACAGUUCUGAGCAGGAACGGGCAGGACUGCAGAGAGACAUGUUGGAAGGGCAGGAUUCUAAGCUACCAUCUUCUGUGCGGAAUACACUCCUUGAACUUUUUGGACAAAUAGAACGGGAAUUUGAAAACCUGUAUAUUGAAAAUUUGGAAUUGCGUAGAGAGAUCGAUACACUGAAUGAGCGUUUAGCAGGUGAAGGACAGACAAUUGAUGGAGCUGAACUGAGCAAAGGACAGCUGAAAACAAAAGCCAGUCAUAGUACCAGUCAGCUUUCUCAGAAAUUAAAGACAACUUACAAGGCAUCUACUAGCAAGAUUGUAUCCAGUUUUAAAACUACAACAUCAAGGGCAAUCUGUCAACUGGUAAAGGAAUAUGUUGGCCACAGGGAUGGUAUUUGGGAUGUCAGUGUCGCGAAAACUCAGCCAGUGGUGUUGGGAACUGCAUCUGCUGAUCACACUGCUUUGCUGUGGAGCAUAGAAACAGGAAAGUGCCUUGUCAAGUACGUAGGGCAUGUUGGAUCAGUAAACUCCAUAAAGUUUCAUCCCACUGAGCAAGUGGCUCUUACAGCAUCUGGAGACCAGACAGCUCACAUCUGGAGAUACAUAGUACAGUUGCCUACACCUCAGCCAACUGCAGACUGCAAUCAAGUGACUGGAGAAGACGAAGUUGAGUUCUCAGAUAAAGAUGAACCUGAUGGAGAUGGGGAUGGUUCCAGUGAUUGCCCCACUGUCAGAGCGCCGUUAACUUCCCUGAAAAGCCAUCAAGGAGUGGUCAUAGCAGCUGACUGGCUGGUUGGGGGGAAGCAGGCUGUGACAGCAUCGUGGGAUAGGACAGCAAAUCUGUAUGAUGUAGAGACUUCUGAACUUGUCCAUUCUCUUACAGGGCACGACCAGGAGCUCACGCAUUGUUGUACACAUCCCACCCAGCGUCUUGUGGUGACAUCAUCACGCGACACAACCUUCCGUCUGUGGGAUUUCAGAGAUCCUUCUAUCCAUUCCGUGAAUGUCUUUCAGGGCCACACAGACACUGUGACAUCUGCAGUUUUCACUGUGGGAGACAAUGUUGUUUCUGGUAGUGAUGACCGUACAGUAAAAGUCUGGGAUUUGAAAAACAUGAGGUCUCCUAUUGCAACAAUCCGUACAGAUUCUGCAGUCAACAGGAUUAACGUAUGUGUUGGCCAAAGAAUCAUCGCCCUUCCACAUGACAACCGACAGGUCAGAUUGUUCGACAUGUCAGGAGUGCGAUUAGCACGGCUCCCUCGCAGUAACAGACAGGGGCACAGGAGGAUGGUGUGCUGCUCUGCCUGGUGUGAGGACCAUCCCAUAUGUAACCUCUUCACGUGUGGGUUUGAUCGUCAGGCUAUCGGGUGGAACAUCAACAUCCCUGCUUUGCUACAGGAGAAAUGAAAUCCUGAAAGUGUUUCCGCGUUUGUGUCGCCAUGGACUUCUACACUUCGGCAGACUGCUCCGAACACUGGUCUGCUGUCGCUGUAAAAGCUCUUCCAUGAGGGGAAGCUUGAGCAAAUGUUGUUCUUGUUACCACAUUGUGCACAGUUUGCAUGAGUUGUACAGAAGAUGUGAUUUUUUUAAAGAUUAGUUUGUCUUGUGUAUGAACUUUUAUAUUUUGGCAUCCACUGGUCAAUAUGUUCACUGUUGCAUAUAGCACAUAAAUGUUCAUAAGUUAUUUAGCAUUCAGUAGUUACACAGUAGGGCAUUACAUUUGUGACAUAAAUGUGAAACUUAUGUAAUUACUGUAGAGAGUGUAUAGCAGUCUGUUUUGUUUUUCCAUGACUCUACAUAUCUGCCUUGUGUUAAAAAGAAUCUGCAGGGCUAAAACUUUGAAAUGAAGUGUGAAUUUCACUAGGUGUAUGAUUGUAAACAUUUUCCUGUUUGCAUCUGAUUUGGAAUACUUUUUUAGUGCUGCGUUAUAGUGCAACUUCAGCUCCAUUUUUGUUCCAGUUACUGGAGAAAUAGUAGAUUUGAGAAGGAAAAUGCAAGCAACUUGUAGUGAAUAUAGACUACCAGGUUUAUUUGUAAUGCUUUUUGUACUUUUUCUUUUGAAAAAAGAAAAAUAUUUGUUCUGCCCUUCUUAUAUAAAGUGAUUCUAAAACCUCAUUGCAUUUCAUACUAGCAAAAAUCCAGAAUAUUAUAAUUCUAAUCACUGAAAUCUGGUCAAACAAAUUCUGAAGCACUUUAGUUUAUAGCUAUUGUUAUAAACCGUUUAUGAAAGUUUGACUUUACCAGUGAAUGUGAGCUGACCUUUGUAAGAAGGAUUACUUCCUUUUGGUGAUCUGCCCAGAAAGGAAAUAGUUUUUUUUGGGGGUGGUGUUUUUGUUUAUGUACCUACAGUGAGCAUAUUUUUAAUUGUGUUCACUUCCCAUAUUUUUAUUUUGAGCCAGCAAUACAAAGCAAAUGAGUACUACCUCAAAAAUGAAUGUUGGUCAAGAUGCGUCGAAUCUCUCUGUAGCCUAGAAAAAAGCACUUUUGGUCUCUGCCUGAAGUACUAUCUCUGACAGGAGAGGAAAGACAAUCAUACUACAUGUGAUCCUUAAGGUAAUUAACACUUAAAGCUAGUAGAGCAAUACAGUCAGUAAACAUCAUCUGUUACCUUUCUGUUCUCAGACAUGACAAGGGCUGCUGCAGUCCCUGUCCUGUUCCAGAAGGGGAUAAUUAACAUAGGUCUCCCUUCUUUCUCCCAAAUGAUCUUACUCUGGUUUUGCUCCUCACUGUGCUUGGCUGUUUUUUGCACUGGCAGUGGGGUGUUACACUGCAGCUGCUGCUGAUGUAAGUAAAUGCAGGUGGCAGCUGAUGUCUUCAAAAGAACAGAAAGGCUGCUUCAGACAGACACCUCUUUUUGGCUAAAGGGAGAUGCUGCCCCUAUAACUGUCUGACAUAUCACAGUAUAAUAUGAAGGGUGAGGGUAAGCCAAGGGUACACUCUUACAAUGGGAAUCAUGGGGUUUAUGGUGGGUUGGCAGAAGUAUUAAGAACGUUUUAUCUCAUCAUUAUGAUUUUGUGAAACUACAGCUGUGCUCAUGUCCUCUACAGCACUGUUUAUAAUGACAUGAAGACAGAUGUGUUAGCUGGUUCUGUUAACUAACAUAUAUAUGGCAUGAGAGUGCAAUGGGAUUGGAUGAUGAAUGCAUCAGUGAGGAACUGUAGAAAAACAGGGGUCCUAGACAUAGUUUUGGAGUGUAGCAUUAAGGAAGCUCAAAAUAUUUAAUGGAGGAUAUAUAUGUAGUAUCUUUAUAGUACAGGUCAUCAUAGUAGUUUGAUCCCUUGUUUUUUUCUUUUGUGGGGUUUGGGUUGUUUUUUUUUUUUGAGAUACAAGAUACAUACACAGCUGUGCUGAAGUAAUCUUAAAUACCAAAACCAGUGAGGUUGCACAAAGCAGUUGCAGAGUUUUAAGUCUUCUGCUGAUAAAAGUUAAAUAAUGGUGUCAAAGUUUAUUUUCACUUUUUUUUUCUGGGUUUUUAACUCUGGGGUAAAACCGUUUAAUGUUGAGUUACAGGUUUUAUUCCUUAAGAAGACAAGAUUAAUUUUCUUUUAGUUGGUGACAGGAAGAAUUUUACAAAGGUUUAUGCUGUUUAAAAAUAGAGAGAAAAAUGUCUGGCCAGUUAAAGCAGUUUCUCUAGCAUGGCCUGCUUGUAGUGUCUUGAGCAAUGGCUGUGCUUUAUUACCUGAGGUGGGGGAGAGGCUCACUGGUUUUGGUCCUGCUAAACUAAAGUGUCUGUUUAAGCUUCUCUAAUAUAUAUGUAAUACAGGACCACUGGACUCUAUGCAGUUUAAUCAUCAUUGCUGCAAACUUUUUAUAUCACCAGAGGGACCGUCCUCUGGCACCAGGAAUGGAUUAUUACAUUAUUUCAUUUUGAAAAAAUCAAGCAAACAAGGUGCUAGAGCCACGUUCUUAUGAGCAGGCUAAUACUUAAAUCAGCUGAACACUUAACUAUCACGUAGCUUAAUUUUAUAUGCUGUACUGAAGGGUAAGCAGAACUGCCAUUCCCCUUGAAGCAAAACAUGUGAGCAGUGGUGAAUAAUACGACAUUGACUUAAUAUGUGGAAAGCGUUUCAUGGCUUUUAAUGUUCUAAAGAGUGUUUUUCAGCACUGAACAAUGUCCAGCAUUUCAUAACAUGGAGGAGAGUUGCAGUUACAGUUUCAGUAUUGUGCAGAAUUUCACAGAAAACUCAUCACUGGGCAAAACCAAGCUUCCGUGUCUUUCUCUCAAGCAACGCACGUCAGUUUUCACAAAGUUUGUGUAUAAUAUACAAUCAGAAAGAUCUGGAAUGAAACAUCUUAUUUGUUGCCUAAAUCUGUGAAAACUACCUUUUGGGGAAAAGAAUUUAUAAGUUAUGUGGAACCACUUUUUAUUAUUCUGCUAAUUUGUUUUUAGAUGUAAAAUGUUUUUCUUCAUUACAAUUCAAAAUGCAUUAAAACAUUCAACAAUUUUU